UAUUCUUGCCGUUGUUGACGAACCGGCCCCACAUCAAACUCACACCUGAGCAGAGAGAUCACCCGAACUGCCUGCCGUAGUGCCGCCCACAAGGCUCAAGCGGAGCCCGACCCCUUGCCAGCCAUGGAGGCCGCCGCCGCCGACGGCGACCCGUACGUCCCCAUCUACAUCUCCUCCGACGAGGAGGACGGACAAGCGCACGCCUACUUCGCCCAGUCGUACAGCCCCGAGGAGAUCGAGAUCCAGGAGGCCAUCCUCCUCUCCCUCGACCCUUCCCGGGCCCCGGCCGCCACCGCCACCGCCUCCUCAUCCGCGCCCCCCUCCUCUUCUCGCCCCACCGGCGUCUCCAACCCUCGAGAACCCCCUCCCGACCGGAAGGGGAAGCGCCAGAUUUCUUCGGAAGACGGCCCGAGGGGCCGCAGGAAGAAGCGCUCCAAGCGCAGCCGCUUCAACUGUGCCAUCUGCUUUGAGAUGGUUGAGGUUUCGGAGAAGUUUGUUGUGAGCCACUGCGCCCACGCGUUCUGCAACAGCUGCGUCGGGAGGUACGUCGCCGGGAAGAUCGCCGAGAACGUGGCCGUGGUCGGGUGCCCUGACCCCGGGUGCGAGGAGGGCGUGGUCGAGAUGGAUCUGUGCCGGGAUAUCGUCCCGCCUGAACUGUUUGACCGGUGGAACGUCGCGCUGUGCGAGAACAUGCUGGGGGAUGAUAAGUUGUACUGCCCGUUCAAGGAUUGCUCGGCGUUAUUGAUCAAUGAUGCCACAGUGAAGAUCAGGGAAACAGAAUGCCCACACUGCCACCGACUGUUCUGUGCUCGCUGCCGUGUGCCAUGGCACGAUGGGAUCAAAUGCAAGGCGUUCAGGAACCUUGGGGAUGAUGAGAAGGGGGAGGAUGAUCUGAUGCUUAAGAAGCUCGCUGACAAGAAGAAAUGGCAGAGGUGCCCCAAGUGCAAGAUGUAUGUCUCCAGAAGGUCUGGGUGCUUACUAAUAAAGUGCAGGUGUAAGCAGUACUUCUGUUACCACUGUGCGGCCCCAAUGGACAAGAACAUUCACUUUUGCAAUAAUUGCAAGAGCUAGAGAAAGGUGUACCGUGCAAACUCUGUACAUAGCUUCAGCUUAUAUCUAAGUAGACUGUCAUCUCCUUGGUAGUGGAAGCAACUACCACAUUCCAUCCUUUAUGAUCUUGCUGAACUGCAAGAGUUCAUGUGCUGAAGUGAUCCUUACAAUCCUGCAUCUUGAUAUUGAUUAUUGAUCAAUUCACAGGAAUGCUUUUAUGGUAUAUUCUCAUAUUAUCUAAUUUUUUUACUUAUGCAUUA